UUUGGCUGUGGGCUCGGAGCGGGUGAGGCGCGCGGACAGACCAGCGCCGAGAAUCUCUGAGGGCGGGUGGGGGACGCCACAGCUGGGGCCAUUUCAGGGGAGAACCCCUAGGGGCCCGAAGGGCGCUUGCCAAGCGCCCCUGCCCGGAUGGCAGCAGUAGUUCUAGGUGGAGACACCAUGGGCCCUGAGCGUAUCUUCCCCAAUCAAACUGAGGACCUAGGACCACACCUGGGCUCCACAGAAGGCACUGGGGAUUGGAGUAGUGAGGAACCUGAGGAAGAUUCGCAGGAGGAAACAGGGCCAGGCCCAGCCGGCUACUCCUACCAGCCCCUGAACCAAGAUCCUGAACAAGAGGAGGUAGAACUGGCACCCGUGGGGGAUGGCGAGGACGUGGUCGCUGACAUCCAGGAUCGCAUCCAGGCUCUGGGGCUUCAUUUGCCAGACCCGCCUUUAGAAAGUGAGGAUGAAGAUGAGGAGGAGGGUGCUACAGCCUUGAACCACCACAGCUCCAUUCCCAUGGACCCAGAACAUGUAGAGCUGGUGAAGCGGACGAUGGCUGGAGUAAGCUUGCCUGCGCCAGGGGUUCCUGCUUGGGCUCAGGAGCUAUCAGAUGCCCAGUGGGAAGAUGUGGUACAGAAGGCCCUCCAGGCCCGGCAGGCAUCCCCUGCCUGGAAGUGACCACCCUGAGAGCUGCCGUAUCUCCCUGCAUUCCAGGCCAGAGCCAGCCCAGGAGUGAACAUGUACAUCCCUGGGUGUUACACCCAUCUCCACCCUUCCUAUCUCCCUUCCCACAUCAAGGCAAAUCAGACUUCUUCUCAGAGACCCACUUUAUUCAGUUCUGUACAUAUGGGGACAUUGGCCCUAGCCCAGCCCACCUUAGCAUGUAUCACUCUGAAGAGAAUAAAGCACCCUAUGUACAAAGCCAAAAA